ACACGGUCUAAUCAUCUUGACACACAUCUAGGGAAGUUUGUAUACAGCUCUUGUAAACAGUAUCUUGUUUUAAACAUACAAAAAUUAAUUUUAACGUUACCCUUCUCCUCUCCACCGGCCCUUAGCUUUACGCUUUCCCUGCAGGACUGAAAAAGAUUACAGCUGAAAUAUGGCAUUCCUCAUGAAUCAAAUGUUGGGUGACAAGUUGAAGAGUUUUACCGGAGGAGGUGGUGAAGGUAACGGUAAAGCAGGAGCAGAAGGAAAGGAAACAGCGGAGUCCAAAGGCAUGUCCAGAGAGGAGUUUGAAGAGUACCAGAAGCAGAUGGUGGAAGAAAAGAUUCAGCGUGACAAGGACUUUGCAACAAAGAAGGCUGAGAGGGCAAAUCUCCGAGUGGCUUUAAGAGAUAAAUAUCGACUUCCAGAUAGCACUCAAGACACGGCAUUAGUGGAGAUGGCUGGGGAUGACAUUGAUGUGCCAGAAGAGCUUGCAAAAAUGGUGGAUGAGGAUGAGGAGGAAGAGGAGGCCAAUGACUCUUUCCUCAAUAGACUUCAAAACUUGGACGUGGACACACUGAAAACCAAGGCCCAGGCAACAAUGACGGAGAUGAAGCAGAACGCAGAGGAGAAAUGUACCCUCAUGUGACAACUACUGUCUAAAUCUCAAAGUAUAAAAUAUACAGUGCUCACAUCAUACCCAGGCCUUCACACAUUACUUUUCAUCUGAACUGCGAAAUUUGAAAUUAAGUGUCUAUUUCACAGAUAAUUGCUUUUAUUUUUCAGUCUUCAUACUCAGACUACAGGUUAAAGUGCUUUGUUUAUGGAGCGCUUCUCUACAUACAGCUGCUUCAUGAAAUGAUCCAUCCAGCCAUCUUCACUUCACACCGGUUUUGCUACUUAUAUACCCAGUAUGACACUCAGUACGGUCAUUUGUAUUAUAUUUAAUUUGUCUGUCUCUUCAUCUGUCUCUGUAAAAGAUUCAAUAAAGAUAUAAGGGUUCUUA